AUGCGGAUUCCGAAUCGUUCGGACGAAGCCUUGAAGACCACCGACAGCACAGGCCCGGGCUCGUGGAAAAGCAAAACGCAACCGGGCGUGGCGCUGGGGGAAAAAAUGCCUGACGAGCAGGCAGGCCGUGACAAGCGCGAGGAAACCGCCAUCGUUGAAGGACCCCGGCGCAUCGACGGGGACAGACACAUCUGGAGCAGCGGCAAUGGCUGA